UCAAAUAGUUGUCUCGUGAAACGCGUAGGGUGCCGCAUCUCGCAUUUAAAACGUAGAUUAACCACAUUUACGCAUUAAAUAAACACACUGUGAGAGUAAUCUUUUGUGCUGUUGACGGCAAUAAGCAUAUAUUUAUGAAUACCUGCUACGUACUACUGUGUUUGUGAAUGAACUAAAAAGAGCGGGGAAAAUCAGUGCCAGUGACGAUAAUAUUGCUAUUUAUAGACAGAAGUAUAGCGCGUUUAUGUUUUCAUGCUUAGAAACGUGUUGCCUCUCGUAAAACGGACUCCAAUUGGAAAUUAUCGGCGGAAAUAUCGAUGUUUGUACUCUAUUUUUUUUGUUACCAUUUAAUGCUUGCAUCUAAAACCCACCCGCCGAAACAAGUUUGACAGCUCACAGAUACACACAUACAAAGGAUAUUGUGCGCAUGUGUGUAUGGAUUGAGCAGUGAUGUGAAAUUCUUGCGCUUAUCGAUUAGGUAGAUAAUUUCAAGGGCGCGCACGGUACCUAGAAGUCUAGAUACGGACAUUCUGUUUAAUGAAAAUAUUAUGAGUAUGGUUGAGUAUCACUGAAUUUUAACGACAACUUGUUAUAGGUAUGGUAUAUUUGAUGAUUCAUAUUAUAUACUAAAAUGGAGUCUGCUCAAAUGAAUAUAAAAGAUAAUGCAGAUGCAACAAGUAGCGCAUCUUCGAGCUCUAACCAGCUCUAUAUGUCUGAAAGCUUGGAUUUACCAGAUGACACAUUUCGUAUGAGCUUAGAUUAUAUAUCAGUAGUCGGAGAAAACGUUACAAUAGGAGACAGAGAUCCAUCUAUAGAUAACAUAACACACAAUAUGGUCACUGAACCGCAAACCCCUUGCAAUACUCCUUUAGAGGUUGACAAAACUCUAACACCAACAAACCCUACAUCGCCUAUCAUAUUUGAUACCCCCAAACGGUCUGAAGAUUCAAAAGGAAGUGCUACCAAAACGCCCAAUUUGCUAAAGUUAUCGCUAACAAAAAAUAUUGACGAUGUUUUCGUUAAGCCGUCACCCGUCGCGGAAGUCAUGUCUCCCGCCAAAAUGCUACAAUUUGAAGUUGAUGUCGCAAGUAGCGCUACUCCUACCAUGAAGAGAGCCGCUAUAGAUUUCAACUUUUUCAACGAAAACAACUUUGAAGAAUAUUUCGUCGAUGUACCAACACAAGCGACUGAAGCAAAGGAAGAAGAUGUUAAAGUUUUCAAGGAAACGCCGGUCAUAGUGAACGCUGACACCGUUCGUCAUGAAAUAGGAUAUGUUAAUCUCAAUGGCGCUUCUAAAGUGGACAUAUCACAUUUUGACUUGCUCAAAGUCCUCGGCACUGGAGCUUACGGCAAAGUGUUCCUAGUGCGGAAGCGCUGCGGCGUGGACGAGGGCAAGCUGUACGCCAUGAAGGUGCUGAAGAAGGCCUCCAUCGUGCAGAAGCUGAAGACUGCGGAGCACACGAGGACGGAGAGACAAGUACUCGAAGCGGUGAGGGCGUGCCCUUUCCUGGUGACGCUGCACUACGCCUUCCAGACUGACGCCAAACUGCAUCUCAUACUUGAUUACGUGGCUGGCGGCGAGCUGUUCACGCACCUCUACCAGCGGGAGCACUUCCACGAGAACGAGGUCCGGAUAUACAUCGCCGAGAUCAUACUGGCUCUGGAGCAGUUACAUAAGCUCGGCAUAAUCUACCGCGACAUCAAGCUGGAGAACAUCCUGCUGGACGCCGAGGGUCAUAUAGUGCUGACCGACUUCGGCCUGUCCAAGGAGUUCUGCGGCGGGGAGAGUCGCGCCUACAGCUUCUGCGGCACCAUCGAGUACAUGGCGCCCGAGGUGGUGAGGAGCGGCAGCCAGGGGCACGAUGUUGCGGUGGACUGGUGGUCUGUGGGCGUGCUAGCGUACGAGCUACUGACCGGCGCGUCCCCUUUCACCGUGGAGGGAGAGAAGAACACUCAGCAGGAGAUCACCAAGCGAAUAGUGCGGUGCAGUUACCCCGUGCCGAACGAUGUCAGUCCCGAGGUGCAGGACUUUAUUAAAAAACUGUUAGUGAAGGACCCGCGGCGACGUUUGGGCGGCGGGGAAGAUGAUGCAGAAGAACUGAAAAGGCAUCCGUUUUUCGAGAACCUAGAUUGGGACGCGGUGUCGCGGCGCGCGGUGUCGGCGCCCUUCGUGCCGCCGAUGUCGCACGCGGCCGACACGUGCAACUUCGCCGACGAGUUCACGCGCAUGCCGCCCACCGACUCGCCCGCGCAGGCGCCCAAGCACCACGACAAGCUGUUCCUCGGCUAUUCGUAUGUGGCGCCCAGUAUACUGUUUUCUGAGAACAUCAUCUCCGACCAGAUCUGGAUGCAGGCGACGGGACAGAAGCACGACAAACUAAAAGGAUGGGUUGCCAAGGAUUCGCCGUUUUUCCAAAAGUACGCCGUGGAUCUGAGCACGCCGCUCCUGGGCGACGGCUCGUACGCGGUGUGCCGCAAGUGUAUCCUGCGACAGACUGGGAAGGAGUACGCUGUUAAGAUAAUAUCAUCACAGAAGAAGGACGUGAAGCAAGAGAUAGAGCUGCUGAAGGCGUGCCAAGGUUGUCCAUACAUCAUCACACUGCACGAAGUGUUCUAUGACUCGGCGUUCACAUACAUAGUGACAGAGCUAGCGCCCGGCGGAGAGCUCUCCUCGGUGCUGGGCUCUGCGGGAGAGAGAGUCGCGCGGCGGCUCCUAGUGCAGCUCGCCUUCGCGGUGCGGCACAUGCAUGCGAGGAACGUCGUCCAUCGGGACCUUAAGCCUGAGAAUAUCCUUCUUAGCAGUUGUAGGCUGAACGAAGCGAAAGUGAAAGUGGUGGACUUUGGCUUCGCGCGCCGCUUGCCCGACUGUAACGACGAGAGGCAGAGGAUGAUGACGCCUUGCUUUAGUUUGCCGUACGCGGCGCCCGAGGUGGUGUCGUGCAUACGCGGGGGCGCGGCGGCGGCGGGCUACGGCGCCGGCUGCGACCUGUGGAGUCUUGGAGUUAUAUUUUAUUGUCUGCUGUGCGGGAAGGCGCCGUUCCAGCCCGUCUCUAAGAAGGAGCCCGUCACAGCUUUCAUGGAUAGAAUAAGAAGCGGCACCUUUUCUUUGGAAGGUCCAGUGUGGGACGGUAUAUCGUGCGACAGCAAGCGGCUGGUGAGCGGGCUGCUGGCGGUGGAGCCGAGCGACCGGCUCACCGUCACCGAGCUUCUGCAGGAGCUGGGCGUCGCCGGAGCAGACGUAAACAACUUCAAGUUGCAGGACAUGACAAAAGCAGAUCUCUACAAACGGCGCAGCAAAAACAAACAACGCAAAUCAAGCACCUCCGAGCCGAGCACUUCGUCACAAACAGAUCUGCCAAUGGACAUAGACGAAUCGAAGGAGGCGUCCCUAUUGGAGACCAUAAACAAUUUGAAAAAUAGAAUGCACAAAAACUCCAUAGAGAACGACGUGGAACUCAUCAAGGCUAACACUCUAGACACUCCAAUAAACGAUCAUCCGGAACCAAAUUUCGAUGAUAACGAUGAAAUUCCAUCAGUCAAGCCCGUAGAAAAGACAUAUGCGAAGUCUAGGUCGAAAUUAGAUGAGUACAUUUAUAUAGAAAGCAGUCAAGGCUUAGAAGGAACGGAAGUGGCAUUCCCAAAAUCAAGUAGAAUCAAAAAGGAGCCCCAAUCGCCUGUACCACGAAAACGUAGGAAAAUGGACACUCGAUCAUCAAGAAAAGUCAAUGGUGACACUUCGAGUACUAGUCCUAAACAGUUAGAUAGUAAAACGCCGGAGAAACGUGGUAGGGGACGGCCACGGAAAGUCCCGGAAGUCGACACAGAGAAACCUACUAGAACAACCAAAGAAUCCAUAGAGAAUGACAAGACAAUAGUCACUAGAAAUACUAGAAAGCGCAGGCACGAAGAUACAGAAACGGAUGUUAACAAACCAGUCUUGCGGGAAAAAGGCCAAAACGGCAGACAGUCCAAAAGUACUGGAGAAACGAGAAAAAUUGCAAAAGCGAAACGAAAUAUACCACCAUUGAAAUUAGAUAUAUUACCACCAGUAGAAACCCAAAACGUUAGAAUGACCCGUUCUAGGGCUAGACGGUUAGAAAUCAGUCUAUCACCCUCACAAGUGAAGACUAUCAUACCCGCUUUCUCCUUUGAAUCCGAUCGUCGAGUGGAUUCGAUCGAAUCGACGCGUUCCAAAUCGUCCAAUACCAAAGCUAAACAUAACAAACAGAAAGCUAAACCGAACCAGAGUAAAGCUAAGAAGAGCAAAGCGAAGAAAAGCAAAGCGAAGAAAAGCAAAGCGAAGAAGACGCCAGUCCGAGGCGUCUGCACCCGCGCGACUCGCAGGUGAAACUGAAUUUAGAUAUAAGCUAUGACGUGAGUUUAUAGAACUAUGUGAAGUCCCGACUAACUAACGCCAUCUGUUAUCCGCCGUAGACAUUACGUCGCGAAAGUUGGACAUACCCUCAAGUUCCUUAAGUUUGAUGAAACUUGUAAGAAUUUACAGUUUCUUAUUUAAAUUAUUAUGCGAAACUUUGACAGAUAACUGUGGCAACACAUAACAGAUCUGAAAAAUCAAAGUUCAGGAGAUUUGUAUUGACAGUAUUUUGAUUAUCAUGCCACACAUUAGACUGUUAUUUUUUUACGUAUAAUGUACUAACAGACGCCGCGCAGUUACACCGGCGUGGUUCCCGUUCCCUAAGGAAUACGAGGAUAAAAUAUAGCCUAUAUCACUCUGAGUGUAGCUUCCCAAUAGUGGAAGAAUUUUUCAGGUUCAGUAAUUUCACAGCCAAUUGAAUACAAACAAACUAUAAAAUCUUUCCUCUUUAUAAUAUUAAUAUAGAAAAAGUAAAGCAAGGAAAAAAUACUUUUUGUCAUGAAUUUUCGUAAAGUAAUUUUCUGGCUUAUAUUCAUAUCAUAUCUAAAUCUCCAAAUAAAAAAAUAUUAAAUUGUCUUAAUUCAUUCAAACUAUUAGGGAAAAGAUUAUUAUCAUUAACUAGGUACCUGAUACGGCAUAUACAAAAGGUAGGAUAAUGUCUACAGAAAGUACGAUAGUUGGUAAAAAGCCCAAAGUUGAAAUGAAUUUUGAUAGAUGUCUCUACUUUCGCGACGGAACAAACUUGUAACGGCACCUGGCAACUAUAUAAAAAAAGACAAUUUUAAAAAUGGCGUCUCUCAGUCUACGUAAACCUCUACGAAUUCCAAAUAAAACGAGACAGAUAGUGAUUGAGUAAUAAUUAUUAUUACAUAUUAAUAUAAAAAAAAACAAAAUGGACGCUUGCUCAUGCAUAUUAAACAUAUAAAUAAUAGUAAAUGGAAAAAAGAAAUUAUUUAUUCAAAAAGAGUAAGUUAUAUUUCCUCUAGUUAGCUGCCCUAAUCUAGUUCGAAAUUAAUUAAUCAAUUAAAUUAAAAUAACAACGCCCUUAUUUGUGUUAGUUGUUGUGAUGCGAUGUGAUUCGAAUAAAAUGGAAUUCCAUACAAACAUGAAAUUAUCGCUUUAAAUUAUGAAUCAAAUUUAUUUGAAUCUUAAGUUUUCUUGAUAUUUUCUGAAAUCAAACUAUUUCGUUACUUAGGAAUGAAAAUCGAUAUCAAAUUCAUUCUUUAAAAGAAUAGCACCGCACUAUAACAAUUUUUCACGGUUUGGACGACUUACCUGUUUUUAUUUUAUUUUUAAUUUUAAUCCUUUUAUUUAAUGUUACUAUUAAUUUUUAAGUCACUUAUUUUUCCCCUAUUUUACCAUGAGUUUUUUUAAUAAUUGUAGUAAUAGUUACGUCGUUGGUUAUUAUGUAUUUUUAAUAGAUAAAAGAUUAAUAAAUAAUUAAAGUAGGAUAAUUUUGGAUGUGAACCUGUUGCACUUCAUCCUGUAGGAAAUAAUUUGCGCAACAAAUUUUAGAUUCAUUUUAAAAACCGCAGAACUAAACUUUUCUGCAACUUUUCUGGGCUGUUUUUUAAUCAUAUAAUAAUGAUAACGUUGCAUUGAACAAUUUUAAUUACUAUUCCGUUUGUAUCACGUUAUGAUAAAUAACGUUCAGAAAGGUGACAAUAGAUCUCUUUUCGUUUAAAAUAACAAAAGCCCGCUUUAUCAUUAUAUCAAAUAUGUGAAACUUUGGUUGUAAUGUUUUUAUGAGUAAGAAGUCCAUGGGUUGCCGAAAUUGAUCCGGCUCGAAGGACCAUGUUGUAUGGUGUAUGGUCAAUACGUGGCGACGCGGAACAAUCUUGUGCACGUGGUCCCAUUUGUUGGUCAGGGCCCUUAUUCGCUAAUUUAUUCCUUUAUCUUGAUCGUAAUUGCGUAUAAAACGUGAUUUUAUGUGGCAUCAAACUCGAUAAUUAUCAAGUUUAACGUUAAUGUGUUGUCAGUUUGACAACUCUUGACAGUGAUGUCACAGCGAAUGAGGGUGCUGUGUUAGUUUUGUGUGUAUAUUUGUUUGAACUUAGUAAUAAUAGGUUAAAUUUGUAAAUUUGGUUUUUAAUUGAACGCAAUUAAUAGUUAACUUCCAUUUUAAUUAUCCAAAUUAUAUAAUUUUUACGUAGAUUCAAUCUCGCUGUAGAACUGAAAUGCGUUGGACUAUGCUCGCACUUGAUGGUUAGUGACAAUGCAGUCUUAUAUGGAACCGUGUUAACCAGAAAAUAGAGUUACGUAUCGUACUGGAUCGCCAAAUCUUUUUAAGGUACGACUAAAUAGCCACAUAUAGCUAAAAUAAGAAAAAGACGAAAUCUAAUCAGUAUCAGGUAAGUUCAUGUAACACAUAGAGGAUUAUACUGAGAUUACUUGCUUAUUUUAAUAGAAUGUCAUCUCUCGUACACACCAUGCAGGAAAAAAUAAAUUCAAUGAUAUAGGUGUAUCCAAGGAUACGCGAUUGAUUCUCUCUUUAAAUUUAUUUUUAAAGAAUCAUAUAUCAUAUUAUAUAUGCUGGUAACCCAAAGUUCUACAGCAUAGAUUGGUAUAUAUUUUACGGUGAAAGUGCCAAAGCGUGUUUUAAAAGCUGUUUUAUUAUGUACUGUCAAGUUUGGGUUUAACUAUUGUUAUGUGAUUUACUUUAAAUGUGUGUGAAUCGGUUUCGUUCAACCGAUUUUAAAAACAGCAAGUUGUGCAAUUUUUCGUUGGCAAUAAUUUAAACAUAAUAAAGAUUCAAAAAUUCUAAUAAAUGAAUGUAUAUUAAAAUUUUUUGAAUUAAAACCACAAAAUUCUGUAUUUUUGUCAACUAUAAAUCUUGACCAUUACCUAACUUGACAGCGUCUGGUUUUAAUAAUUAAGAAAAAAUAGUAUAUUUUCUCAGUUCUCGCUUUUCUUUCUCUGUACUUAACUAUUAUAAACUACAAAAAAGAAGCUAUAUUUUUCCCUUUGCUCGUUCACUGUUAGCGCUUUUACCAAAUAAAAUAAAAGUAAACUAUAAUUGUUUCAUUGUAAAUAAAAAAAAUUAGUGUUUAGUACAAAAAUUCGGUGGAAGAAUUAUUAUUAUUACAUUAUUUAUGGAAAAAUCUCAAAAAAAAUGUAAAAGAAUAUCAUUAAAAACAAACGCCCUUGGCAUAUCAUCGGUGUAUUUUUGGUUAUUUGCAGUUCGUUUCUGUAUUUGUAAAUCUUUCAGUGUAUUUUAGAGGAGUUUUAGGGGAACAUUGUAUGUGUGUAUAAUUGUAACCAGUUUUCAUCAAAUAUAAAGAGUUAACUAUUUUUUUUCCAAGUCAAUAUUGACAAUAAUAGUCAAUGUAUCUAAAUGGUUCAAGUGUACUUUAUUUGAAUUUAUUAGUUGAUUUCUACAAAUAUUUUUUUAUGUUCGUUCUAAAUUCUGGUUACAUUAAAAUUACAUACAAACUCCACACUUUUCGUGUCUUGACUUGUAUGGAUUAAACGUGUGUUCAAUAUAUAUAACUACUGUACUAAAUAAAUUAUACAUAUAUAUAUUAUUAUGAUCUAUAUACAUAUAUAUUAAAAUUUUAUAAUGGCAACACAGCUAAUGGGAUGUCACAAUGUUUAUCAUAUUAUCUAUACUGUUAAUCAUGAAUUAUAUCAAUACAGUCAAAUGUACGUAACUCGUUUUAAGCACAAAGGUUUGGGUUACUAAUGCAAUAUGUUAUAUUGUAACAGUUAUUCUAACAUUUUGGGAUACAAACAAUAACGCGACAGUGAUUGUUGACCAAUAUGUCAACUAACUUGAGAAAUCGUGCUAGAUGCUUGUAUAUUAAAAUUCUUUUUAGUUCCCAUUUAUAAGUAAAGAUUAUAUAAUAAUCCCUUGACAGCUAUUUUUAAUUCUUGAAUAUAACACAUUGCAUUAAAAUUACAACAUAUAGUGCUUUAACUAUGUUAUAGAUGUAUACCACAGGGACCGUUUAGCCAAGGUUGUCUAAAUUUUUUCUUUGGUUUAUUGAUUGUUCAGAAUUUGUUUCAUAACAUAUUAAGUUAGAUAUUAUAUUAUCAUCAUCAUGGUUAUGAGUCGAAUUCCAAACGUCAUUGUCUUGUGCCGCCAGCAUUCAGCGGCUCUAACCCGCUUGAUGGUGAUGGUUUAUAUUUUGUUAGACUAACACCUUUCCGAUAUAUUAGAUCUAUAUAUAAUAAAAAAAUUGAUGAUUCAAUACAGUGAUACAGCUAUGGCUAAUAUGUUUCUGCGAUAUACUUACAUAUGCGUGAAUCGCAUAGAAUUAUUAAUCCAAAAAUUCUAUUAAACUAUGUUGUAUCUGUAGAUCAUAAGGUAGGUUUCAACUAAAGAAUCGAUGCGACAUUAUGAUAAACUUAUAGAUAUGUCAUUAGAUAAUUAAACAGUUUUAGUCCUCGUGUCUUUAGUAGAAAUUGACCAUUUUGUACAAAAAUGAAAAUGUUUCCUUAUACGAGUUAUCAAAGCCAUAAAUAGAGUGUUUGGUACUGAGUUAAAUGAUUAUGCUCGUAUAGCAGGACUCUUUUAAUACAUAGCAAGCUUGUUCAUAAUUUAACUAUAUUUAAUAUUUGUAAUAUCUCUGUGAAAAGUCUCAUGGUGGCUAAUUAGCCUAAUUUUUAAUUGCCUUUAACAUUAUUCUUUCGAGAGAUUGAUGUCGUUUAAAAGCUUUCUUUAAGUUCUAGUCUAGCCAUUUUAAUUUAUUUUAUUUUAUAUUAUGUGUAUUAUUUAUAUUUUCUAUCUUAAACUUCAUAAUUGUUUUGAUACUUUUUCUGUUACAUAUUGAAAAAUUAAAACCUAGCUUUUUGAUAUUAAACUGAACACUAUUUCACUUAUGUUGCUAGAAUAAAAAGAAUCGACUGGGCUAUGGGAUAGGGCCUUAUCAAAAUAAGGAUUAAUAAUUAAUUACUAAAAUUAUCCUUGUAUUUGAACAGCUAAAAAGCUUGCUAUGUGUAAACACAGCAUAAAAUAUAUGCAAGUCUACAGACGCGAAGAAUGAAAUGUUCGAUUAGGAAAUUGUAAAUUUCCACUCGCUUUGAUAAGUCUUUACGUCAAUAUGUCGUAACGUAUUUUAAAGUGCACUUAAAAAGGAUUGAACCAAAAGAUUAUAUAAUUUUAUAAUAAAGUGUUAGAAGUUAUUAAAUAUUGUAGUCGGCGAUAAACAAAUUUUGUAACACGUUACACGAAAUGCCGGCUGAAAUAUUGGAUUGUAAUAAAUAUACCAUUUUAACAUUU